CCAGCCAUGGCGCGCAGCAUCUUCCUGGUAUGCUCGCUUUGCGUCUUACUUGUCAUCUCUUUGAUGCGCACGCGCGCUCCAUCAGGCCAGGCACUGGCGGCCUUGAUGACUCCCUGGAGCAGACCGAAACCUCAACAUCAUGUCUACUCCAUCAAAGCGAGCGGACUCGGGUGCGUGGUGAAAGCGGUAUACGAUAAAGACACAUACAAGUCAUGCGCUGCGUUGCCUUUUCCUCAUCGCAGCGAUCGAGUCCAUGUGGAAAUGCAGCGGCCGAGAGCAGCAAAGGAUGCCCUGCGCUGGCCGCCAUGACAUGGCAAAACCAUCGGCAGAGGACCGGUGACCGUUACACCGAUGGAAGGGAGUGUAGCGGGCGCAAGUCGCGUGCGCAUCGAAGGCUGCAGGAACCUUCCUAUCCGUUGCUCUUCCCCGCAUCGAGUGGUAUCUUCCCAUCAUCCGAGACACCACGAGCAUGUACCGGUGCUGUCAUCUCCACCCUCCUCUAUACCCAGCAAGACAGUCCGGCGCCAGCCUGUGCCUGGGCUACUGUGGCUUGUCCAUUUUCCAUGCCGCCGUGCUGCUUGAGGUCGCCAACUGGCAUGUCGUCAUCGGUUCUGCACCUAAUAUCCACGUCUUCGCAUUGCAAGGCCCAACAGAAAAGGCCCGGCUUGUAUGUAUACACGCUCGCCCCGUACCUGGUUUUGCGCUGCGCUAAUGCCAAGUUCGCAUGCCUGCCGCGGUGCCACGAGCCUUAGCCGCGUGGCUUAAGGUCCUGGGGAUCUGCCGCCUCGGUUUCCAGGUGGUGCAAGAUGCUGCGCCCUGAUUGGGCUGCUGCUUGGAUGACCUCAAGCCACUUCCGCUUUGGGCGGCCCGUCCAAAGCUUCCCUGUGACAUCAGUCAAUCGCUCUGGGAGCCCU